AGACAUAAGAAAGUCAGUAGUCUAAGUUGUGCUUGCCUGAGUAAGAACUUCCUCCGUCCGUGGAUCGGUACAAACCUCCUGUAUGUUGUUUUGUAGCAGGUGACUGCAUCGUUGUAGAUCAAGCUUUGUAGACUGCAUCACUACAGUAGAAUCCAAGACCUGACACUGACAUGUAUCAACCCCCUUGCCAAGUCACAGAAGCAUAUACCAGCAUCCCUGCCUGAUUAUACUAACCAGGAGGAGUUAACAAGGAUCAUAUACAUAUGGCAACAUCCUCUUUAUGAUGACAUAUGGCAGCAGUGAUGUGGACGUUAACCAUCUCUGACCGGGUCAUUCUACAGUUUUUUUAUUCCAUCAUCCCUUGUAUAUGUCGUGUUUGUUUUCACCCUUGUUUCCUUGCAGUCCAUUAAACAUGAGAAAAAAGCACGCAACAAAGCCAGAACAAGAGAUUAACAGUUGACUAUCGUCGAUGCCUCCAUGGUGGUUUCUGGUGCACUUCAUGGUCGCAGUUCUUGCCGUGGAUGUUCAGGGGCGACAUGAUAGCAGGUACGCCUGCGCUCCUUUCUCUUGCGGACAUCUCCAAGAUGUCCAGUACCCUUUCCGCCAGCAAGGAGAUCCAUGGUGGUGCGGUUCUCCAUCAUACGAGCUGACUUGCACCGAUAGUAAUGCUACAAUUCAGAUCAACACAGGGACGUACUUUGUCACUGAGAUUGACUACAAGUAUUCUUCCUUCUGGGUCGUGGACGCCAACUUGGACAUGAGCAGCAGCUGCCCUCUUCCUCGCUGGGAUCAACGCCCUUAUCUACAUGGCCUCGAGCAGUCCGACGGCUCCAUCAUAUUUGACCCUUUUUUCGUUACGUGGGCUAGCUUUGUGAAUUGUUCGCGGGUGGUCACGAAUAAUAGUGACUACAUACCGGUCACUUGCCUGAACACGAGGUAUUCUUUUGUCUAUGUGUUGAUUGACUAUAUUUCUGUUGGGGACCUUGAGCCUUCUUGCGGGUACUUGGCCAUGGCUGCUUUGGGUGGUCGGAGCAUGCGAUACGAUAAUGCAAGUCAUGAAAUUCUGGUAGAAUCCAUGAGGAGAGGAUUUGCCGUUAGGUUUCCUUUCAGAUAUCAAAGGACUUUGGAGGGCUUCAAGGGGUGCCUAAAGGAUCGCUUUGUCCUAGGCCCUGGGUAUUCAGUGGGUUAUCUCGUCGCGCGUUCGGCUGUGAUCAUUUUGGCACUCGAUUUUGAAAUAUUGUAUUGCGCAUUUAGAACGACAGUUUCUUCCAAUGAACAUCUAGGCACACUACAAGUUGCAUUACUAUACUCCACGUCAACAUUGAAGUUGAUUGCUGUACUAUGCAGGUUCGUGGUUGCUCCCCUGGUGGUAUUGUUCUUCCUAGCCCACAAAUACUGGAAAACGAGGAUCACAAUUGAUGCGGUCGAGAAGUUCCUACGGAUGCAGCAAAUGAUCGGCCCGACAAGGUAUGCCUACACAGAUAUUGUUGCAGUAACAAGCCAUUUCAGAGACAAGCUGGGCCAGGGAGGCUACGGCUCGGUGUACAAGGGCGUUCUGCUCCCAGGCGAUGUCCAUGUGGCCAUCAAGAUGCUAGAUGGUAAAUCCAGCUGCGAUGGAGAAGAUUUCAUCAGCGAGGUCUCCACCAUCGGGAGGAUCCACCACGUCAAUGUGGUGCGUCUCGUCGGGUUCUGCUCGGAGGAAAUGAGGAGGGCGCUAGUCUACGAGUAUAUGCCCCAUGGUUCUCUGGACAAGUACAUCUUCUCGGCUGAGAGGAGUUUCUCCUGGGACAAGAUUAAUGAAAUCGCCUUGGGCAUUGCGAGGGGGAUCAACUACCUGCAUCAAGGAUGUGACAUGCAGAUUCUGCACUUUGACAUCAAGCCGCACAACGUCCUUCUUGACAGCAAUUUCGUCCCAAAGGUUGCCGAUUUCGGCCUUGCCAAGCUGUACCCAAGGGACAACAGUUUUGUGCCGUUGAGCGCCCUACGGGGAACCAUUGGGUACAUAGCUCCUGAAAUGAUAUCCCGGAGAUUCGGCAUCAUAUCGACCAAGUCUGACGUUUACAGCUUCGGGAUGCUGCUGCUGGAGAUGGCCGGAGGACGAAGGAAUGCCGACCCGGGCGCGGCGAACUCAAGCCAGACAUUCUACCCGUCGUGGGUGUAUGACCGGCUAAGCAAACAGGAACUGGGUGAGAUGCGUGCUGAGAUGCAUGAGUUGGAGAGGAAGCUUUGUGUUGUUGGGCUUUGCUGCAUCCAGAUUCAGCCUCACGAUCGGCCGGCGAUGAGCGAAGUCAUAGGGAUGCUUGAAGGCGGCAUGGAUGGCCUGCAGUUGCCUUCGAGGCCAUUCUUCUGUGACGAUGGGCAGACCCCUGUAGCGGAGUCUUAUGAUUUCUGCUCUGGGCUGACUGCCAUUUCAGAGGAGGAUGAGUGAAAUUUUGUCUAUGUUCAGUGUCGUGUAUUAUUACUAGAGGCGAUGAACUUGUGAAAAGUUACGGUAAUGGUUGUCUUGGGAGUAAAAGAAUGUGAAUUAUCUACCGUGUUUCUUUUGAAUGUUAUCCAAAAUUCAAUCAUAUCGAGUGUAAAGUUUCA